AAAAGGCGCUGUGACAGCAACUAUCACUAUAGAAUCUCUACCUAUUGGUGUGCCUUGCAGAUGACGAGAACGGAUUUGGCCGAUGGUUCUCGAGGCCCUCCGCUUUCGCCCUCUUUAAAAAAUAUUUCAACUUGUUCCCCGCAUUUCCUCUUCAGCAAGACGCUGUAGGACUUUUUUUUUGGGAAAGGCCCAAUAGCAUCAGGUGCAGAGCCUUUUCCUUUUGGUUGGUAUAUCCUAACGUCAGAUCAAAGAGCUCGUGCGACAUGGCGGCUAUGCUGCGUGUGCCAAACGGCAUCAACGGCUCUGACUCCAAUGGCAUGACACUGACAAUUCUCGGAUGCGGAACGCUCGGUAUCGCCAUCCUCAGUGGCAUCCUUUCCUCCCUGUCCGAAUCCACUGCCUCGCACGCCCCAUCCCCCGCCUAUCCCGACUCCGGCACCGCAACGCCCACCACCGAAUCGCCUCCUCAACGAACACCAACAAACUUCAUCGCCUGCGUGCGCCGUCCUGAAUCCGCGAAACGGAUCCGGGUUGCCGUUCAAGCAUACCGCCCGACUGUAACGAUCUUGCAGAACGAAAAUGUGAAGGGUACGCAGAACGCCGAUGUGGUUAUACUCGGAUGUAAACCCUAUAUGGUCGCCGAGCUUCUGCGCGAGGAGGGGAUAAAAGAAGCACUCGCGGGGAAACUUUUAAUAUCGAUCUGCGCUGGUGUCCCCGUCGAACAGAUUGGCCGGGUUCUCUACGGCGAGUCGUAUCCAGAGGGCAUUCCCGAGAACGCUUGCCGGAUAGUAAGAGUCAUGCCCAACACCGCCGCGAUUGUGCGCGAGUCCAUGACGGUCAUCGCCACCACCACUCCUCCUUUACCCGCCGAACUAUCAGCAAUCGUCGAAUGGAUAUUCACGCGGAUCGGCCGAGUCGUGCACCUGCCGCCGGGAAUGAUGGACGUUUCCACGGCCUUGUGCGGCUCCGGACCGGCAUUCCUCGCGCUGAUGCUCGAGUCUCUCGCCGAUGGCGCCGUCGCAAUGGGCCUUCCUCGUGCAGAGGCUCAACUUAUGGCUGCUCAGACGAUGCGAGGCACAGCCGGGAUGGUCCUGUCCGGGGAACAUCCUGCGCUGGUGAGGGAGAAGGUGUCUACACCCGGAGGGUGCACGAUUGGUGGCUUGUUGGUGUUGGAGGAGGGCAGAGUAAGAGGAACGGUAGCGAGGAGUGUGAGAGAGGCUACGGUUGUCGCCGCGCAGUUAGGUAAGGGGGUUAGCGGCGUCAAUGGGACGAGAUUUGAGAGGCAAUAGAAGAGGUUAAGGGUGGGAUAUUGGACUUCUUGGGAUAAGGAAUUCGAGGUAAGGAAACUGCGACGACACUACGAAGUAAAUGGCGGACUUCACGGAUAAUGACAUGGCAUGUUGGCUACUCUUUCCACUGUUUAUAUCCAGGAGAAAAGUUCAGCACAUUUUACUGGAGAUUCAUGGGUGUGCCUGGCUCCAGCGAAGCUGCUACACUUCACAAUUAAAAUGCAAUGAUCUGACUUCUGGGGCGGUAGUCGAAUCUUGAAUUGUA